GGAUUUAUAAAAAGCGCUACUUCGUUUACUCGCCCUUCAGUUAGCUCGCCUCCUCCAGCUCCAUCUGUCUUCAUGUCCACUAUGCGGGAGGCAUUUGUUUCAAUACUGCUGCUAGUGGCCACCGCCAGCUGCUCUGACCUCGGGAAAGACGUCAAUUACUAUAAAGAUUAUCUGCGUGCGCGCUCCGACGAGUUGCCCGAAGGCCCUGCGAUAGCGGAUCGGCUUUAUUUCUAUCGGACACCGCUGCAGCUGUACCCGGGAUUAUUGCCGGCAUUGGAACAGGAGUAUAGGAAGAGGACAGAAAAUGUAUUCAAAAAUCAUAUGCUAAAUAAGGACUCGUUGCUGGAAGGGCUGAUACCUGAGAAGCGAAGCUCGAAAACUGCCCUGUCGGCGAUGCUACAGGGGAAACAUGCUUUGCCCACAAUAGAGUAUGAUCAGGGUGAGGAUCACGAUCAGGACAACGCAGAUUUUAUAGUAGAAUAAGACAUAGUUAUAUAAUAUUAAUGACCUACAAAUAUUACAUGUUGUGCUGUGUUGUGUUAAGUCAUAAUCGUAAUAAUGUUUUAAAAAACACCAAGCGACCGGUAAAUGGUUUGAAUUUUUAUCGUUGGACGAUGAGAUAAAUAGAAAAGAAAAGUCUGCAGAGAUUUUGACAGCACACGCAGUGCUGCACCCAUGCUGCACCGGUAUCAUGGUCGCGUUUUUGUCACUUGUCAUAUCAUGCGUCACUUUCGCACUUACGUACUUGUUAGAGCGUGACAGGUAUGGUGACAAAUGAUAGAGAGCCGUCCAUCU